AUGGAGUUCAUAAGCAAAAGGAAAAUCCUAAAUUCUGAAGAGCAAAAUAGGUUGGCUCAUUGGCUUCUCGCAAAUAGCAACAACGGGAGAUGCAAUGACAGAGCGCAAAAGGAGGCAGCUUCUAUGUUUGGAAUAGGGCGCCGAACUGUUCGCCGUUUCUGGAGCAAAACAAAAGAGAAAAUCCAAUCAGGUGCACCUGUUAUAUUCAGUUCAAGUCGCAAAGGAGUGAUACAUAAAGAUAGGAUGCAGGUAGAUGUUGAGAAGGUUAAAUCACUGUCCAUUCUAGAGAGGUCAACCAUACGAAAAAUGGCUGUCAAGCUAGGAGUUAGCAAGAGCUUACUUGGUAAUUGGAUCAAACGAAAGGAACUACGACCACAUACAAAUGCAAUCAAACCUCUGUUAACCGAUGUGAACAAGAUAGCAAGGAUGAAGUAUUGCUUAAGCAAUGUUGUGUAUGAUGCAACAAUGGCAAGGCCACAAUUUUCAGCAGAUGGGCAAGAGUUGUUCGAUGGAAAGAUUGGGAUCUUUCCAUUUACUACAGUUAUACCAGCAAUCAAAGAGAAAUGGCCAAAAUCAGCUGGCAUUAAGCAUAUCAUCAUUCAACAGGAUAAUGCAAGACCACAUUUCAACAAGGAUGAUCCAGAUUUUAUUGUUGCUGCCAACAGUGAUGGGUUCAAGAUAGACCUAGUCUGCCAACCAGCCAACUCCCCUGACCUAAAUGUCAAUGACUUAGGUUUUUUCAGGGCUAUACAAUCAUUGCAGGAUGACAAGAUGGCAACAACAGUUGAAGGCUUAGUGCAGAAUGUAGUGACUUCUUUCCAAGAGCUUUCAUCAGUUACCCUAAACAAUGUCUUCUUGACAUUGCAAGGGUGUUUAACUGAGAUUAUGCAAGCUAAAGGAAGCAAUGACUACAAGAUUCCACACUUAAACAAAGCUAGACUCUUGAGAUUGAGAAUGCUGCCUGAAUGCAUACAAGUGGAUGAAGAACUACUCAAGGACAGCCUACAACAUGUGCUGCAAUUUGAAAAGGAUGUAGGCACAAGUUAUGACAUUGGGGCCCUUAUGGUUCAUUUUGGCUUCAACUAA